GUGGCGAGAGUCUUGUCUCUCUGGCAGAAACUGCAAAAUAAAUGUACAAUGAAGUAUUAUACAGUAUAAUUUAUUCUGGCUGCAUAUGCAGCUUACAUUAAGCAAAUUUCUGUAUCUUGCAUCUUGGUAAUGCCAAAUAUCUUUAAAUUAUAUUUAGUUAACGUUGUUAUUGUAGUGCGUGCGUUAGGUGCGUGCGUUACUAUUUAGUCAUUGGCACACUCAUCGAAGAAAACGAGAUGUCGUCGGUCACAAGUUUGAACUUAACCCUGUACCAGGACGAUGUGACCGUGUAUCGCCUCAACAAAGAGACACAGCUUCCCCCCGACAUAUUUACCCUUAAGUGGUUCACAAUUAGCAAAACCUUGGUCUCGAUAAUACUCCCCUCACAGUGCGGAUUCGUCAUUGGGGACAAGAUGACAAAAGCGGAGCCUGGCUGGAGGGUUAUCAAAAUUGAGGCUGUUUUGGAUUUUGGUCUCGUAGGCACUCUCGCCAGCAUCGUGACGCCACUCAAGGAGGAAGCGAUUCCUGUCUUUGUCGUCUCCACGUACGACACGGACUACAUCUUGAUCAAAUCAGAACAUGUAGAGAAGGCAAAAAAAGCCAUUAUCAAAUCCACUGGAUAUGCUUUCACCCUCAGUGACACAAGCCUUGUUUAAAAGAAGAUAUUUAUUUGCCAAAGCCGUAUUGAUUGACGAACAUAUACUUAUGCCCUACAUGCAUGAACACAAUGUGAUAUUCAUUCAGAUACAACAGAAGAAUAAAAGACAUACGUAAUUACAGGUCUUUAUAAGGAGUAAAUGCACCUUAUCAAAACCUAACUAAAUAAUGA